UUUAGAGAAGCAGAACCACUAGGCAUAUAUAUGCAUUAUCUAAUCUAAUCUAAUCUAAUCUAAUCUAAUCUAUAUCUGCAGUUUGUUAGAGAAAUUUGACCUUUCUCUGACCUGUUUAGAGAAAUUGGAUGAGAAGUACUGAGGAGUAGAGUCUGUCUUUUCUGUUUGAGUACUUCCACUCAAGUAUGGCAGCUGGAGGGUGUGUUUAAGGUAGUUGUCUUCAUGUCCAGUGGUAGAGCUUGAAAUCCAUAGGGAAGGCCGUGAAGAAGGGAAGAUCAUUAUAAAGUGAGUGAGCAGGGACAAGCUAGAAACCAUGAGAAGGGACUGGGACCCAUGUCAGUUCUCACAGCCUCAAACCUUGAUGAGGUGGGUGUCCCGCUGCUGGAAAAGCUAGUGGCCUUUGUCACGGAAAUGAAGAACACCUGGCCCAGGAGUGAGCAACUGAAGAAGGAACCAGGGAAGAUGUAGCAGUUACAGGCCCAACUGUUGCCCCUCACCAACAAGGUACUCAGCAGAUAAACAACAACAUGUGUGAACUACAAAAGUACUUCCCCUGAUUAUGCACACUGAAACACAGACUGGUUGCUGUUCAUUUCCACCCUCCUGAUCUUGCAUAGAAAUAUCUCUGGUGGUCCACCUUAACUGGAAACAUACAGGGAAGGGAAUUCUGGAAAUUGCAGUUCAGCCUAGCCAAGGUGACAUAAUACAAAAUAUAACAACUGAUCCCCACUUUUGAGAAUGCAUAAGUAAAGGAUAGGCCUAGAAUUCAUGUCUGUACAACUUGUAUGCUGCAUUGGUCAUGCUAAUCUAGGUUUUGAGCUUCUUUUUCCUUCGGAGCAGGAAGCAUUACUUGGCAACAUUAGGAUGACCUACUGACUGUUUUGGUGUAAGAAAAUGUUUCUUAGGUCUGAUGAGAACAUCCAUGCCCCUCAUUUCAAGUGCAGAGACUUUGCUUUUAUUUUAUUUUAUUUUUUAUUUUUUUGAGAUGGAGUCUCCCUCUGCCACCCAGGCUGGAGUACAAUGGCGCAAUCUCGGCUCACUGCAACCAACGUCCAUCUCCCAGGUUCAAGCAAUUCUCCUGCCUCAGCCUCCUGAGUAGCCGAGAUUACAGACGUGCCACCACGCCCAGCUAAUAAGUAGCUGCCACCAUGCCCAGCUUUUUAGUGGAGAUGGGGUUUCACCGUGUUAGUCAGGCUGGUCAACUCCUGACCUCAAGUGAUCCGCCUGCCUCAGCCUCCCAAAGUGCUGCGAUUACAGGCGUGAGCCACCACGCCCGGGAAAUAGUGGCUUGGAAAUGGACAUGCUCCAGGACCUUGAGUCCCUGCAGUUUGAGUAUGGGGUUCCAGAGGAAGAUCGUAUCUGGCUGUAUUUGCAGGGCCGUUCUCGGGGACUGAUGAUCGAGGCUUGUGCCCAUGCAACCUUCUUCUGCAGACUAUUAUAUAAUUUGAGAGCAUCAUUAAAUGAGAAUCAAAGUUCCAGACAUCUCUCAAUUGGCUCACUUAAUUCAGCCACUCCUGAAGAGUUUAAGGUGGGCAUCAUUGGAGGUGGCCACCUUGGGAAGCAGCUGGCUGGCACACUGCUGCAGCUUGGCCCCAUCCCUGCUGAAAGCCUGCGGAUCUCCACUCGGAGGCCAGAGACUCUAGGUGAGCUCCAGAAGCUGGGAAUCAAAUGCUUUUACCAUAACGCUGGUCUGGUGAGUUGGGCCAACGUGAUAUUCCUCUGCUGCUUGCCGUCUCAGCUGCCUAAUAUCUGCGUAGAAAUUUACACCAGCCUUGAAAAGACCAGCAUUGUGUACAGCUUUGUAGCUGCCAUCCCACUACCCAGGCUGAAACUACUGUUGAACCACACCAAUAUCUUGCGGCCUCAGUAUCAGUAUGGUGAAGAUUCUGUCAGCGUCUGGGGGGCCAAUAAGGGAGUCAUAGCUGCUCUCCAAGAUCCUACGAUUCUUCAAGCUACCUGUCCCUACAGUCCUGCUGGGGGAAUAAUCCUCAAUAUCAAGUGGUUGGAGGGAGUGUUCUAUGCGGCCCUAAACAUAUGCACAGCAAGAAACAUGGCCCACUCCCAGGUGCUGCAGCUUCUGAGUGAACUCUUCCUCUCCGUGCACUUUGAAGACUGUGGGAAAGACACAGCAUCUUGCCCAAAGUUUCAAUUAACAGAUUUUGUCAGCAAAGCCUAUGGCAAGAACUUGUCUCAGGAAAGGCCUUUCCCCUGGUUUGAUCUGACUGCUGUGCAACUCAAGGAAACUCCAUUUAGCCAGCAUCUCUCAAGUAGUCCUGUUCUCCAAGACCACCUUACCCAUCUAUACUGUGCUUCAUUUGGCAUCUCCCUAACCAAAGAACAGCCAGUCAUUUCCACAGGCUUUCCAUCCCAAUAAGAGAACUCAGGAAUCAGGAUUUUUUCCCACUCACAGAUUUUCCCUAUAAUAGUUGUGCCCUGAUUAUCACAAUUGACUGUGGGAGUCUUGUGGCUGUAUUGUGUUUGCCACAUGAUAGACAUCAGGAAUUAUAAAACUGUACUGAUGACUCUUUAAAAUGUAGAAUAAAACAAGUGGUCCUAUCCAUCAA